GAAAGAUUAAAAAUAAAUAAAAAUUAGUGUCAAAAGAUUAAACAAUAAUUCAUUCUUCCUACCAUACAAUUAAUACUACUCAUCAUGCUGUAUAUGCUCGAUUAUGGUGCCGGCAACGUUCGCAGUUUGGCAAACUCUAUCAGAAAGCUUGGAUAUGAUUUCGAAUGGGUAAAGUCACCCGCUGAUAUUCAGAAAGCAGACAAGCUCAUCUUUCCCGGAGUGGGUGCUUUUGGUCCGGCAAUGGAAUCGUUAAACAGGCAAGGAUAUUCUCAACCUUUGAAAGAGUUCAUCGCAUCAGGAAAGCCAUAUAUGGGAAUUUGUAUUGGUAUGCAAGCAUUGUUUGAACGAUCAACAGAAGCACCAAAUGUGCCUGGUCUAGGAGUUGUUCCGGGCGAAGUGGACAGAUUCGAUGCUGGUCCUUCUACAAGCACCGGUGCUAUCAAAUCCGUCCCACAAAUGGGAUGGAAUGAAGCAAAUCCAGUAAGAACAUCAGCUAAACAAUUCGGCUACCAAUCCGGUCAACACUUCUACUUUGUCCAUUCUUAUCGGGCAUCAUUUGAUAUCGAAAAACAUAAAGAUUGGGCUCUGACCACAACACAAUAUGGAGAUGAAGUCUUUCUAUCCAGUAUACGGAGAGGGAACGUAUAUGCGACACAAUUCCACCCAGAAAAGAGUGGUCGUGCUGGUUUAGAAAUUUUACGUGCUUGGCUAAGUGAAGAAUCAGCAGUGAAAGACGAUCAAUGGAUCGUAGAACCUGCUCAAGCUGCUAAACCAGCUCAAACGGAUGGUCUUACAAAACGUGUGGUAGCAUGCUUGGACGUUCGCAGUAACGAUGAUGGAGAUUUGGUUGUGACAAAAGGUGAAUCGUAUGAUGUACGUGAAAAAGAAGAGGCAAAAGAAGUAGGUGGGCAAGUGCGAAACCUCGGAAAGCCCGUUGACCUUGCUUUGCGUUACUACCUUGAAGGAGCAGAUGAGAUCGUCUUCCUGAACAUCACAUCAUUCCGCUCUUGUCCUUUGCAAGAUCAGCCGAUGCUGUCAGUCUUGAGCAAUGCUGCUGCAAGCAUCUUUGUGCCACUCACAAUCGGAGGUGGAAUAAAGGACAGCGUUGACCCUGAUGGAACCAAGCACUCUGCCAAAGAAGUUGCUGAUGAGUACUUCCGUGCAGGUGCAGAUAAAGUCAGCAUUGGAUCAGAGGCUGUAUUGGCAGUCGAAGAGCUCUUACAACGUGCUGGCAGUAAAGAUGUUGCGCGAGUCAAACAAGAUCAUUUGACCGGAAAAACGGGAAUCGAAAUGAUCAGUAAGGCAUAUGGUAAACAAGCAGUUGUUGUUUCGAUAGAUCCUCGUCGUGUGUAUGUAGAAAAGGACGAAGAAGUGGAUCCUUCUCACCUUGCCUGCGUUGUAGAAGGUGAGAAAGGAUCCCGAUAUGACGGCAAGAGAUGGUGGUACCGCUGCACAAUCAAGGGUGGAAGAGAAGAUCGUGACAUAGAUGUUGUCCAGCUUGCCAAAGGAGUGGAGACACUUGGAGCAGGAGAGAUCCUCGUCAACAGUAUCGAUCAAGAUGGACAGUCGAAAGGGUUUGAUCGUCAAUUGAUCGAUCUAGUACGUGGAAGCGUUUCUAUUCCGGUCGUUGCAAGUUCAGGAGCUGGAUCAGCUCAACAUUUUGAAGAAGUUUUUGCUGCUAAGCCACUCGCACAAAGAGCCGAGCCAUCGUCUGUUGAAGCAGCACUGGCUGCCGGAAUUUUUCACAGAAAAGAGGUGGGAAUAGAGGAAGUGAAAAGUGCUUUAGCAGAGAAAGGAUUCAAAGUACGAAGAGAAAAGAUCGCAGAAGGAGCAAGCGGAAUCGUUCAAGAAGCAACUGAACAAGAACGUAAAGCAUGAUUAGAUUAAUAGAAAUACAAUGGAAAUAGAGAUUUAA